AUGGGUUCGGCUCCAGCAUUGGGUAGCCUGAGUGAGGGUGGGAGCCCAAGGGCCAGGCCUGCGAGGGAUUGCCAGCCCUUCAGCACGAGUAUCAUGGAACAACCUGAGGUCGGCGACAGUCUUCUGACAUUCUUGGAUGACCCUCAGCCUCAGCCCAAGCUCAUCAGUUGUAUUGGUGGAUUGGUGGAUAUUGUGUUUCUUCGAGUCUUGUGUAUAAUUUCAACUAGGGAAAAGACUGGCAACUUCAAAAUUAUCUCUUUAUGUGACCUUGAAAAGCAAAUUGGUAAGGAGAACCAUGCUGAACAUGCCUCUCAAUGUGCCCCUGAACAAGGCCUUGAUAAGGAGAACCAUGCAGAACAUGCCCCUUUGUGUGUCCCUGAAAAAUGCAUUGAGAAGGAGUAUCAAGAAAUACUGUCAUUCAGAAAUGUUUUGUCAAAGUUGAGUUUGGAAGAACAAAAGCUUAUUGAAGGCUACUGGACCAAUGCAACUCAAACAGGCGACUUGUUCUGGAAUGGUUUAGAUUCACAUAACCGUACUGUGGGACGAGAGGACCUUGGUCAUCUAUUGAGUGAUGCUGAAAUUUCAAAUGGCGUUGUUGACUCUUAUGCGGUGCUAUUGACAGAAGACAUGCUAAGAGAUGGAGUCUCCAAUCAAUUUGUUAUGAGCCGUUAUGCAUGGAAAAGAAAAUGGAGAACUUGGCAAAACUUGAUUUUGUUGCCCUGGAUAUUACUGGGAAGAACUACCUUACCUGGGGUAGUGGAUGCCAAGAUCCAUCUGGAGGCAGGGAAUCUUGGAGAAACCAUCAAGGAGGAGAACAAUGCAUCAUCUCAAGAUCUGGCAAAGGCCAUGAACUUUAUCCGUCGCCACCUUAAUCACCAGAAAACGAUGAUUCUUCCAAGGACUCGUUAUGAGUGGACUCACCUAAGGAUCCAGGAUUUCAAGACGAUGGCUAAGUAUAAUUCUGUAAUGUUCAGAAUCAGCUCCUAGAUAAAGCUAUGUGGGGAAACCAUCACCAAUAAAGAGCGGGGCUUCACUAAAUACCACCAGUUGAUAUAUGUGCUCUUUGUAGCUGAACAAAACAAUGAGCUUCUGAUGAAGAAUCAUCAGUCCUGGCCUAAUGGAUCGGCACCAUUCCCAGAAGUGAAUGCUGUUUCACUUGAAGUAAAUAUCACAUCAUUUCGUGGCAAUAAUUACAAACGGGGACGUGGCCAAAAGCGAGGCCGGUGGAACGGGAAAGGCAAGAACCAUGGUGUCCAGUUUCACAAACAGGUUCUAAGGCAUAAUUCAGGCCCGAGCUUUAAGAACGCAAAUCACUAGAAAGCCAAAGCUCAUAUGAAUAACACUCUUAGAAAUCCUAAAGGAGUUUUCCAUAGGUGUGGUGGCAAUGAACACUUGGUGUAUACAUGUUGUACCCCAAAACAUCUGGUGGAUCUAUAUCAAGUCUCCCUCAAGGAGAAGGGUGUUGAAACCAAUUUUAUCGACCAGGCUAAACCGAUGGAUAUACCUGAUCCAGUAUUCAAUUUAUCAAGGCAAUUGAACAACCUACCUGGAUGUGUCAGACUUCAUUGUGGAAAGAGGGAAUGAAGUGUAUCGGUCCGAUUGAAUCAUUUUUGUUUAAUGUACUCUUGUUAUCUGAAUUUGUAGUUUAAUGCUCGCAUUU